AAGAGACCCUGGUUUUGAAGGGCGCCUGAUCAUGACAGGGGCCCACGGGAGUUGUCCAGCUGAGUUGGUAUCUGUUUAUGGCUUUAUGUGUAUGCUAGCCACGACUUGAACCCUCGAGUCCGAGUUGGGUUAAAAAUGUAACCAAAUAACACAAGCUCUUAUCUCUCUCUUAAUCUGAUCAACUGAUUCUGAGACGUUGUUGGGUGGCCCCCCAGCAAUAGCCAAGGAAAGCUCUCUUGAAGUCUAGAAGCCAAAGAUAGGUACCUUCAAAUGACAGGGGUCGAGGUGCCAGUUACAGCGCUCACAGCUCUAGCCUCCAGGUCACCCCCGCCCAGAAACCUCCACUUACGGCACCAUGCCGCGUGCGUCUCUUUGUCCCUCCCCCUCUCAUCAGCCAUUGCCCAUUGCCAUGCCAUGCCAUGUCAUGGAUUUGAAUGCAUUGUCUUUUGUCGUCACUAACACACAGAGAGAAUUGGUCAUCUUUGUAACUUUAUGAUCUGCUCUUUUCCCACUCCCAUCGCCAAGACGAGAGUUUUCAGACGCUUUUUCUUUUUCCUUUGUGAGAUCUAUCACUGAACUGAUUUGACUUUGCAGUCAGCCACACUGACAUCAACUUUCCUUAUACUCACGUCGUUUGCCUGGCAACUGAUACUGGCCUUCCUCUGGCUCUUCUUGCUACUCGAGUCUCUCAUAAAGCCCUGACCUAGGCCAUGUCAUAGUUUCUCUCUCUCUCUCACGUUUCCCUCGUCUCCGCGUACCACCAUCGGAGCUUCACUUCCUUUCUCUUCCUCCUCUUCUCCAAAAACAAAAAGAGAGUGACUAACCAACGGAUGAUCGGCCUAGACCAAAGGUGACGUCUUUGGUUUAUGUGACUUGUAUAUCUCCGAGUGACCCCAAGCCCAAACCCAAACCGAACCCAAGGUCACCUCACUCACACCUCAGCUCACCAACACCAACCUCUCGUUCUCUCUCUUUUAUCCUCCUCCUCCUCCUCCUCCUUCCUUCUCUCUCUCCCAUACUCUUCUCCAUUUACCUUUUUUUGGAGAAUUUUUGUUUUUGUACAGUCGCUCAAGAUGCGUCCUCCGCGCGUUUUUGUUCUUAUACUCUUUAUCGCAGCGUCUCUCCUCCUCUUCUGUCGCGCUAUAUCAUCCUCGCUUCGUACCGCAUACGCCGAUUACCCCGCUGGUAACUUCAGGUCCAGACAAAAGACUGACUCCAAGUCGUCUCAGUCUCGGUCGCAUGGUGAUGAUUCAGAAAAGUCUCCAAAGUCCGUUUGGAACUCCAUGUACUACAACACCCCAUUUUCAUUAUUUCCACCAAAUGCUGCCAUCAGCUUGACCGACGACAACAGCACUUCCUUUGCCGCCCGUCCCGCCGCUUUUGGUCCCAAGCUCGCUAUGCGAGGUCUAAGUGGUCAGUUAUGGGUGGGCAGUGGUUUCGCAGAGGAUGCUCUUAUACACGGUACCGGCGAAUUGGGCUGCAGCGACACACCAGGAUGGAACGAGAGAGCAGAGGCCAUUGCUCUGCACAAGGCCUUGAGGGCUGCUGUCCCUUCUAUUUCGACUUCCAGGUCCAGCACUUCUGUCCGUGCUAAGCGAAGCCGAGUCGUUAUCCCCAACGCUGGCAAUGGUCACACCACCUCCAGCCAUGUCUCUGUCAUGCAUGACCAUUCCGAAAUCGACGGCAAAGUGGCGCUACUAAUGCGAGGCGGUUGCGGUUUUCUCGACAAAGUAAUGUGGGCGCAGCGAAGAGGCGCUCUCGCCGUCAUUGUUGGCGAUAACCAGAAAGGCGGCCCUCUUAUUCAGAUGUUUGCGCAUGGCCCUGAAGUUGAUAAUGUCACCAUCCCAUCCGUCUUCACUGCUCGCACGACCGCGCAGCUGCUGUCUGCGCUAACGCAACCAGGGAGCUUCAUUGAAGAUACAUUAGACAACCAAGGCAAUCCUGUUCUUAGAGUUCAAAGAGGUCCCAAGUCGAGGAAGCACAGUAAACAAGGCGUCAAGUCCACGGUUACCGCCUCGACCCACGAUAGACGAUCUGCCGACGACAGCCACAGCCAAAUUGAAGAACGAUCUACCAAACCAACUAAUAAAAAGCGAAAGACAGCGCUGAGAUAUUCCAGGAAAACAUUCACCAAGAAAAACAAGGCUGUCAGAGGGUCACCCAAAGAAAUUCGAAGCCCCCUCUUAUCUGAGGAUAACUACGACGAUUGGAAGCAUCCUGAAUCCAGAAGGUUUAAGCCUGUUAUUCCAUCAAAGACUUCCCUUGUUCGCGAUCGCACAAGCGACGACGAUCCUGAACCCGAUGAGGAAGAAAUUCUGGUUGAAUUCUUGACAGAAGAUGAGGAUAACGUGCUCGACUUUUCCCACGAACGCAGCGAAGAGGGACAUGACGAGCCCGGUAAAGCUGACGAUGACGCACACGAUGGACUUUGGGUCACCAUCACUCCCACGAGUAAUGCUAGCCCGUUUUUCGAUACGCUUCUCGUACUGGUCGUCAGCCCGCUAGUCACUCUGAGUUUCGUAUACGCCCUUUUGAUUCUUCGCGCUAGAAUCCGCCGAAGGCGCUGGAGAGCCCCAAAGUCAGUCGUUGAACGCCUACCCGUGCGCACCUUCCACACAGUCGCUCCCUCGCCGCCUUUGACACCGAGAACUCCUUCACCGUCCGCUCCGACACCAACCACUCCUCUACUACAGGAAUCUCCCUCACGGGCACGACCUCGGUCGAGGGGCUCAGCGGGUACUCCUGAAGAAGAAACGCGAUCCAGUGACGCCAUAUCAACACCUUCAAAUCCAACCAGGAACAAUGCUCGAUCUGAGCGCGAGAAGGGCUCUGGUGGGUUUUCUGCUGAGUGGAAAAAGUACAUGGGUCGUCAAGUCGAAUGUGUGGUGUGUCUUGAAGAAUACGUCGACGGCGUGAGCCAGGUCAUGAGCCUCCCGUGCGGUCACGAGUUUCACGUAGAGUGCAUUACUCCCUGGUUGACGACUCGCCGACGAACUUGCCCCAUCUGCAAGGGCGACGUGGUUCGAUCUCUUGCUCAUGGCUCAUCAUCUGAGCCGCAUUAUGAACCAUAUCGCGACGAUGCAAGUGAUGACGAUGAUGACGAUGACGAUGGAACUAUUGCGGAGGGCUCUGGCUCUCGUUCUGAUGACCGUGAAUCCGAUCUUGAACAAGGGUUGCUUACCAACGAAACCCGAACUUCGCGAUGGAGUCGACACGAUGGUUGGCUCAGUAUUUUCUCCAGUGGCCUUGGCAGGGCAAGGUCCCCCUCUCCCGAGGAUCGUAGCCGAUGAUGCUACAGAUACCCUGCUUUAUAUGGGCGCCGAGCCAUAUGACAUAACGUUUUGUUUGUAUACCUUUGGAGUUUUCUGGUUAUUAUUUGGCGCAAUGGAUGGAUAGCUAGCGCACUGGGAUACAGAGCACAGCAUGGAUUACUGGGACUUUAGAAUAUCACAUAUUUGAAUUUGGUUAUAGUCAAUGGAUCGCGCAAUGAUUGGUGUCACGACACUUGCGCUGGGGUAGGAAUAGAUAUGGUAUACCCUCAUGGUCGGCUGUUGCAUGUACUUUACGGACCAUCAUGAAUAAAUAGCAAUUCACAUCGCUUCUUAGUUUUCCUGUUGUUUUGUGAGGUUACAUAUUUGCAGGGAUUGAGAUAAUGCUGAACGCCAAACAAAUACCAUUGUCUAUUUUUAUCUUUAUAUAACCGAAUUGUUUUUUAAAAUCCCCUGUACCCUGUACCUUCAGAUGUAUCCCUUGAGAAUGGCGGCCUCUGCGUUCAAUAUCGACGAACCAGCAGCACCAAUAACGGCUGGAACAGUCAGUCUGAGAUAAGUCCUCAGAGGGGAAGUUGUAAGACUCACUGUUAUGGCUCAGGGCAGUAAACUUAAUGUCAAAAAUGCCAGCCUCAUCCUCGCGAACACGGCCGACGCUGACAGUGUAUCCACGGCCAAGGUCACGGUCCAGACGGGGCUGAGGACGAUCAGGCUCAUCGUCGCCAAAGACCUUGAUAGCAGGCUCAGGUGCAGAAGGGCAUCCGAGGGCUUGAGCCUCACUCUUGUAAUCUCGGAGAGCCUUGCGAACCUCCUCAGCUGAAGGAGCAGGCUUGCGCUCGAAGCUCAAGCUAACACAUGCAGUGUGGCCGUCCAUGACUGGAACACGGUUGCAAGUGGCAGAGACACGAAGCCCCUCUUGCUCAAUGAAAGCAGUUCCCUUGUCGUCAAUGCGACCGAGAAUCUUGCGGGCCUCAGUCUCGAGCUUGUCCUCCUCGCCAGAGAUGAAGGGGACAAUGUUAUCGAUGAUGUCCAUGCUGGAGACUCCAGGGUAACCGGCACCAGAAACGGCCUGCAGAGUAACAAUGGAGACGGUAGAGAUAGGUCCGAAAGCGGCUUGGAGAGCGGCGAAGGGAAUAACGAGACCAAUGACAGCGCAGUUGGAGUUGCACACGAGGAAACCCUUGUUGAGAGAGCGAACAGAGCGCUGAUGAGGGAUGAGGUCGAGAUGGGGGAGGUUGACGGUGGGAACGACGAGAGGCACGAGAGGAUCGCGACGGUAGUUCUUUGCGUUAGAGAAGACAGGAAUAUCGGCCUUGAUGAACUCGAGCUCUGUAGACACAUAAAGUUAGUGAUCAGUUAUUGCUGAUACGUGACAGAGAGGGAUAUACCAAUAUCGCCAGCGACGUCAGAGUCAAGGCCACUGAAGACAACAUCACAGUCCUUGAACUCCUCAGCCUUGCAUUCUCUCACAACCAUCUCGGCAAUAUCGCCCAUGGGCGCGGCCUGCUUCCAUCGGACGGCAUCCUUGUACUUCUUGCCGGCAGAGCGAGAUGAGGCGCCGAUGGCAUGGAGGGUGAGGUAUGGGUGCUGAGCGAGGAGGAGGAUGAAGCGCUGGCCUACAGAGCCAGUGGCGCCGAGAACACCUAUAUAUGAAUUAGCAUUUGAUGUUUGAUACGUGUGUAGAGGUGGACAUGAGAAGAGAUAGUGGUGCGAAAUCGGAUGGAGGGGGAGUAUUGACGGCGACAUACCGCACUUCUUGGUAGGGAAUUGAGAAGCCAUUGUCGGUGUAUAUAUGUUAUAGAAUCAAUGAGAGACUCUUGACGGGGGAGAGGUCAAGAGACUCAGUCAAAGAUACGUUGGGAGGUUGCUGAUGUUUAAAUUUUGGCGUUGAAGCGAGUGAGUCUAAUG